CCUUCCCUCCCCGGCGUCUCCACGGCGCCUGCGCGGACGGAAGCCGGGGAGGACCAUGGCGACGUGCGGGGAGAUCCUGCGGAGCGAGUUCCCCGACAUCGACGGGCAGGUGUUCGACUACGUCACCGGCGUCCUGCACAGCGGCAGCGCGGAUUUCGAGUCUGCGGACGACCUGGUGGACGCCGUCGGAGAGCUGCUGCGGGAGGUUUCCGGGGACAGCAAGGAUGACGCGGGCAUCCGAGCCGUUUGCCAGCGCAUGUACAACACGCUGCGCCUGGCCGAGCCGCAGGCCCAGGGCCCCAGCCAGGUGCUCCUGGAUGCCCCCAUCCAGCUGUCCAAGAUAGCGGACGCCUACGAUUGCGGCUCCGAGCGCCCGGGACCGCCCAAGAGAGACCCGUCCUCGACGGUGAACGCCAAAAAGCUGGAGAAGGCCGAGGCGCGGCUGAAAGCCAAGCAGGAGAAGCGCACGGAGAGGGACACCCUGAAGACCGGCGGCCCCGGGGCCCUCGAGGAGGCGUCGGCCAGCCAGGCGGGCAGCAGGAAGGAAAGCCGCCUGGAGUCGUCGGGCAAGAAUAAAUCCUACGACGUCCGGAUCGAGAACUUCGACGUGUCCUUUGGAGAGCGGGUGCUGUUGACGGGGGCGGACGUGAACCUGUCCUGGGGCCGGCGGUACGGGCUGGUGGGGCGCAACGGGCUGGGCAAGACCACCCUGCUGAAGAUGCUGGCCACCCGGAGCCUGCGAGUCCCGGCCCACAUCUCCCUGCUGCACGUGGAGCAGGAGGUGGCGGGGGACCAGACGCCCGCGCUGCAGAGCGUCCUGGAGAGCGACGCCCUCCGGGAAGGGCUCCUGGGCCAGGAGCGCCGGCUCAGCGCCCGGAUCGCCAGCGGCGGAGCGGAAGCCCAGGAGGCGGCCCAGCUGGCGGAGAUCUACGCCAAGCUCGAAGAAAUUGAAGCGGACAAAGCACCUGCCAGGGCGUCCGUCAUCCUCGCGGGCCUCGGGUUCACCCCCAAGAUGCAGCGGCAGCCCACCCGAGAGUUCUCCGGUGGCUGGAGGAUGCGGCUGGCCCUGGCCCGAGCCCUGUUUGCCAGGCCCGAUCUUCUGCUACUGGACGAGCCCACCAACAUGCUGGACGUGAGAGCGAUCCUCUGGCUAGAGAACUACCUGCAGACGUGGCCGUCGACCAUCCUGGUGGUCUCCCACGACCGGAACUUCCUGAACGCCGUGGCCACGGACAUCAUCCACCUGCACAGCCAGCGGCUGGACGGCUACCGUGGCGACUUUGAAGCCUUCAUCAAGAGCAAACAGGAGCGGCUGCGCAGCCAGCAGCGCGAGUACGAGGCCCAGCAGCAGUACCGCCAACACAUCCAGGUGUUCAUUGACCGGUUUCGCUACAACGCCAACAGAGCCUCUCAAGUGCAAAGUAAACUCAAACUGUUGGAGAAGCUGCCGGAGCUGAAGCCCGUGGACAAAGAGUUGGAGGUGGUUUUGAAGUUCCCGGAUGGCUUUGAAAAGUUCUCCCCGCCCGUGCUACAGCUGGAUGAGGUGGAUUUCUACUACGACCCCGACCACCUCAUCUUCCAGCGCCUGUCCGUCUCUGCCGAUCUCGAGUCCCGCAUCUGCGUGGUUGGGGAGAAUGGAUCCGGAAAGUCUACCAUGCUAAAGCUGCUAAUGGGAGACCUGACGCCUGUACGGGGGAUCAGGCAUGCUCACAGGAACCUGAAGAUCGGCUACUUCAGCCAGCACCACGUAGACCAGCUGGACCUGACCGUCAGCGCCGUGGAGCUCCUGGCUCGCAGGUUUCCCGGCCGGCCGGAGGAGGAGUACCGUCACCAGCUGGGCCGCUACGGCAUCUCGGGGGAACUGGCCGUGCGCCCCGUGGCCAGCCUCUCCGGAGGCCAGAAGAGCCGAGUGGCCUUUGCCCAGAUGACGAUGCCCUGUCCCAACUUCUACAUCCUGGACGAGCCCACCAACCACCUGGACAUGGAGACCAUUGAAGCGCUGGGCCGGGCUCUCAACAAGUUUCAGGGCGGCGUGAUCCUGGUGUCGCACGACGAGCGCUUCAUCCGGCUGGUGUGUCAGGAGCUGUGGGUGUGCGAAGGCGGGGGCGUCACCCGCAUCGAGGGCGGCUUCGACCAGUACCGGGACCUGCUGCAGGAGCAGUUCCGGCGGGAAGGCUUCCUCUAGGCUCGCCCGGGGCACGGACACCGGCUCCCCCGGGCCUCGGUCGGGCCGCGCUGGGUUCCCCUCGGGACCGGGGAUGGCUUUGAUUCCUCGCUUUCCUCUCCCCUCAGCCGGGGCUCCCUUUGCACAUCCCGGGGAGCCCUGUCCAAGGGGCCUGUCUCCCUUCUCGGGGGGGCAGGGGGAGGUUCACUGGGCUCUCUGUGGCCAGUCUGUAAAUAAACCUGCCCCACGCCCGCCUCGUCUGCCCUGCUCCCUGGGGGAGGAGCCCCGCCUGCUCCCUGGAGGGGACCCGGUCCGCUCUUGGGAACUGUGGCUUGGGCACGGCCGAGAAGCGGAGUCGCGGAGGAUGAGGUUGGUUCGGAGGAUGGUGGUGAGAGGAAUGGAACUGGUGUCCCAGUGGCCCGUGGGUUCUCCGAGGGAGGGCAAGAAGGCUGGGGCUGUUCCUUCCUUCCCUCCCUCUUUUCCUUCCCUUCUUCCCCCUUCUCCCUGGCCCCCAGCCUUGGAUUCCCCCCUACAGAAACCACAUAAGAGCCAAAAGAAGCUCCCUGGGUCCUUCAGGGAGUGACAGAAUCACCCACUCGUCGCCCCCAAGGUGACUGAGCACCCUCCUCCUCUCGCCCAGCCUUUUAGUCACUCCCUUGUCCUAGCGUCGUCAGAGACGGCCGACUUCAAGAAGCCCUGACGCCGCCUCUCCUCCUCGGGACCGGAGGCCGCAUUUUGGCAGCCGCCUCGGUGAGCGUUCCAGGACGCAAUUAGGCUCUGUCUCUUGGAGGCCACGUCCCUCUCUACCCUUGAAUAUUUCAUGACUUUUUGGCCCCGAAAGCUACUGACUAAGGUCCACGCCUCAGCUGAAGUGUCAGGCUUCUCAUCUCGCCUCCUCUGUGAUCUCUGCCUCCUUAGAGCCUUCCCUCUCUCCAGCCAAUUCCUUCCCUACCCCGGAUCCUGCCGGGCCAGGAUGGAAUGGCUACUGGUUCUUGCUCAUCUCCCACAGUUGCUCCGAUGGCGAGUAGUAUGAUCCCCUGCCCUCUCCAUCCAGUGGGGCCCCUGUUCUUCGGCAGUAGCAGUCCCUACCGUGCACACGGCGCUGUACGAGGAACUUGGGGACCACAAGAUAAAGGCAGAUGCCACCAUCCCGACCCUAAAGAUGCUUACUGUCUCCCUUUUCCCUUUGCGAUUCCUCGGUUUUGGGAUCUGAUUUGAGGGGGCCUGAGGGAAUCAUCUUUUUUUUCGUUUUUCAUCUCCCACCCGACCCUCGCUGUCACUAACUAGGAGUUGGUUACAUUCUCAGCCUAGUCGGAUCUAGUUAAAAUCGGAAUCUCCAGCAAACGGAUUUGCCUCGCGUAGAUCAGGACUCCGAACGUGAAAGUUCCUAGAAGGAGGAUAUCCGGGGAGGCAGCGAGUUGAUUUGGAAGCGGACCGUCUAAGGGAUCUGGGUUAGGCUUUGGGAAACCGGAGCUGGCGGUAAAUCAGGAAGAGGAAGGGAACUAGAAUUCCUAGGAUCCCUUCUGGUCCCAUAACAGCCCUGGAAGGCUACAGUUUUAUGGUGAGAAACUGAUUUGAUCGUGUGACACUCCUAGGAGCCUGCUUUGAGCUUUCGCGAUGCUAUAUAGGACUAAGCUUCACCUUUUAAACCUGAAACCUAACAAUACCCUCCCUUAUUACAGAGAACUGGGUUCCCUUUAUUCCAGAUGAUCUUUAGAAUUUACUGGCUCUGUGCAGAGCAGUCAAUGGGAUUGAGCGCUUACUGUGUACAAAGCACUGUACUGAGCACU